AGCUGUGGCGCUAUGCUUGUAGUGUAUCAUUUUAUCAGUCGCUGAGUCGCGUAUCAAAACUAAUGAUGUGAAAGAGUUAUUGCUGUAAAGAUCAAUCGUUUAUUCAUCUACGUUUACAAUUGAUGCUUUCGUCAUAAAAAUACAUUUUCCUCGUCAGUCAAGAUAAAAUACAUUAAUCACUAUUCGUUAUCCAUGUACCGAUCACCCUCUGUUACUAGCUGGCAUUCAGUCCACCUACGGCGAAUAGGACGGUAGAAAAGCUGUCAUGACAUUUGAGGAUCCUUUUUUUGUUGUCAAGGAGGAAGUUUCGAAGGCCCUAAAUAAAACGAGAGGACUGUACCGACGCUGGGUCGGGCUGCAGGAGGACAUCGGAGCCAAUCUCUCCAAGGACGAGCUAGAGUGGACCAAGACUGAGCUUCGCAAUGCACUGCGCAGCAUUGAGUGGGACCUUGAGGAUCUCGAAGAUACUAUUGGUAUCGUAGAGAAGAAUCCUUCAAAAUUCAAAAUCGAUAACAAGGAAUUGACAAGCCGAAAGAAUUUCAUCGAACAGACAAGAGAGGAAGUCAAGUCUAUGAAAGAAACCAUGAAUUUCAGUAGAGGGCGUGACAGAGAUAGAGCAUCCAGACAACCAUUGUUGGAGAGUGGCGGCGGCGGCAGCAGCAUGAGUCCAAUGCGAGCGGUGAGUGCACACGGCACGACCAAGUACUCCAAGCUGCACAACGAGAUGGACAGCCCACAGCGGGGGGAUGGCGGCGCGGGGGGCAGGGGGGGAGUGCUGGAGCAGCACAAUCAGCUGUUGACUGCCCACGACGAUCAGCUGGAGCAUAUCAGCAGGUCGAUCGGCACGCUCAAAACUGUGUCGCAUCAGAUCGGCUCUGAAAUCGACGAGCAGGCUGUGAUGCUUGAUGAUUUUGCAGCAGAACUAGAAAAUACAGAUUCAAAGUUGGACUCAACUAUGAAGAAGGUGGCCAAGGUUCUUCACAUGUCAAAUGACAGGAGACAAUGGCUGGCGAUUGGUAUACUUUCAGGAAUCCUGCUAUUGGUCAUUGUUCUGUUCAUUGUGCUGUGAAUCCCAGUCAGCGAUGGCCUCGAAAUGGAGCAUCUCAUUGACUGCUAUUGCAGCCUUGUGCGGCAAGUAUUACAAAUGCGUCAUUGCCGCCCUCACGGACCUUGUACAAAUAUUUAGUAUUCAUCUAGUUAUCGUUUAUGAAAUCCAAUGCAAAGUAUAUAUUAUUAUGAGUCAUUAAGAGAAUUUUUAUUGUAACGUUGGAGUGAUUCCCUUGAGUGAAUUAUCAUUGUAACUUGGUUGACCCCUAAUAUUAGACUUGCAGUGCAGGAUUUUCAAUUGAGGGUAGAGGGAUGGUGCAAUACGGCCUAAAUACAGUGUGGUUUUUGUGAUUGUGUGCUAGGAAGUGAAUUUAUGUGUUGAAAAGUGGCUAUGUAUGUUAGUGAGUGCCUAUGUGUGUAUGUAUGUGUGUGUGUUAGUACCUCAGAAAUCAUUUUCAUUAAAGAACAUUUUUCAUUGAUUGAAAUUCCUGCUUUAAUUAAUGAAUUCGAAAAUGCCAGUGUGCUAAUUAAACUGUGUCCUAAUUUUUCACUAUCAUUGGAUAAUCAAAUUGCAAAAUGGUCCCGCCAAAAAUGAAUAGGUUUCACAGCAAGUGCCUAUUAUACAAUAAUGAAUUCUCACUAUGAAAUAGAAUAAUAACAUGAAUUAGAAGAAACUCUCCACAGGUUUCGCAUUUUUUUUUUUCAUUAAAAUAAAUGAAACCGUGUAAAAUCGCUUCGAGCUGGUUUAACACAAAUUCCAUGAAAAUUGUUUAACGAUUUCUAAAGAAUGGAUCAAAUGAAAGUUUUAAAGAUAGAUUUACUUAUUUCCAAUUCGUUAAAAUAUAUUUGUUAAAAUAUAUUUAUUAAAAUAUAUUCAUGAUAAUCUUGGUAAAAGAUUAUGUUUCAAUUUUAAUUUUCAUUCAUUUUGAUAUCACUAUUGGCAUAUUCAAUAUUUUAAAUUAUUGAUAUUCUCGAAAAAAUGAAAAUUCAAUAAAAUUUGAUGUUACUUAUCAUACAUUUUUUACAAUUAUUACUUUUAAUAAAUAAAUAUCAAGUUGGCGAACAAUUGGCAAAUCUUGAAUGCUGAAUAAAGAUGAAAACAAUACGCUCUUAUGGACUAUUUUAAAAUUGCAGAAAUUCCACUACUGAAAUUUUUUUAAGUAUAUAAAAAUUCGAUGUUAGCAUUUUAUGCAUUACUUAUAGAUUUUUUAUUUCCUUUCCGCUAUGUAUAAAAACGUUUGUUUGAAUAAAUCUAAACUGAAGAAAACGUUUUAAGCCAUCGCUCUACCCUCCGAAACCCACCGAUUUUAUAAUUAGUCUUUAGCAGUGCAGUUGAUAGCAUAGCAAAACCUUUUAUCUUUCUUAUCGAUUUCACAACUAUUUUAAUCUUGACUUGUGAAUCUUGGUUUUGGGUCGAUCUUCUUUCUAGUCUAUUAUUAAUGUAGUUUUCUAAUUCAGUACUUUUCCAAGUAUUUAACUUUUUAUUCAUCACAACAGAAAGGGUUGUCUCAUCAAGUUUUCAACAUUUAUGUUAUCAUGUGCAAAUUAAAUUAAAUCCACAUUCUUUAUAUUUGCUACUAGCUAUAAAGUCGUCAUAAUGUUGAAAACUUGAUAGUUUCUUCAUCUUACAGUAGUUGGAUCCAAUUUUUAUCGACGCUGUUAUGCAAAUUAAUAUUUUGUUUUGACAAUAAAUAUUCGGUUUAAAUAAAACUUAUUUCAAAAAGUGUAAUGUUUAGACAAUUUUGCCAUUUCUCGACACUCUUCGAACUUUUUAUAUUUCUUGAUACUAUUCCUCUCCUAACUGUUGCCAACUUAUUAAUUCUUACAAUCUCUGAAAAACUGGUUUGUCAGUUGCUCUUACAAAAUAACAUUGACUCUUAUUGAACUUUAAAACUGUAGGCUGAAAUCUUACAUCCAAUGUAUUUAUUAGUAAGUUACCUACAUAGACAAGUUUCAGCCAACAUAAUUUUAAUUCAGACAGUAGUGUCAAAUUCUCUCCUGUAAAACUAAUAUUUUAAACUACAUAUCCCUUAAAAACAGUCAGAUUGAAACUGUAUCUGUAAGGUGACAUUUAAUAUUGUAGACAUAAUUUUUGUGGUGAAUGAAAUUUAUUUUAUUAUCAAUCUAGUUGAUUAGUGAUAAAAAUAACAUAAAUCAGAUAAUAAAGAAGACGUUCUGUUAAUUAAAGGUAUUAACCGAUUUAGCUAAAAAAAUCCUAAACUCUAUAAUGUAACCAAAGAAAUUGAUAAAUUUAUUGACGAGGAAGUUCCAUCAGUUUGGAGUCUUGUUUCUGAUAGAGAGGUAUAAAUUAAGUAGUUUCUCUAAUUCAAUAUCCAAAACAUCUCUACUUGGUUAUUUUAAUUGUAUUUUAUUUCUGGUUGAUAGGUAAAUGUGAUUUUUUAUCGCUAUGUGUAUAAUAAUUCUGGAUUAUGGACGAACGUUGUUCAGUUGAAUUGGUCCAAAGAUUGAUAAAUAAGUUGAAAAAGUGAUGGUAACACACCCUUACCAUUCUGGUUCAUUUCAAAAAGUACUUUGAAAGCAAAGUAGAAGCUGUAUUGUUCUCUCGGAUUUUAAAGUAUUUUGGUGCGCUUAUUUCAUUGUGAAUCCAUUUCAUUUUGGUUCACUAUACAACUUGAAACGUUUAUGCCUAAGUUACACAAAAUUUUGUUAAAUUUCAACCGCACUUAAAUGCCACGUGAUUAAAACCAAUCAAAGAAGCCUUCAUUUCAGAAAAGCAUUAUCUGAUUGGUUCUCGAGGCAUUUAUUCAUGAUUAAGAUGUAACAGGCUUUUGUGGAACUGGAUAAUAUAAUUUUUUCUUGAGAAAAUAUUAGAAUCGCGGUCUAGUCAUCUGUGAAUUCUGUUACUUCACAGAGAUAAAGUGCUAAAACUCAUCAGGUGCCGAGAUCAAUAGGUCUGGUAUCAUUCACCUAAGUAACCCAAAUCUUAAGCUCAUUUGGUAAACUUGAAAAAUUGAAAAUUUCAUGCCAAAAAAGUAAUAAUUAUUAUCAUCUUUACAUUAUCUAGUUUUGCUCCAUAGUAUUAUUGUGAGCGUAUAUAACAAUACCAUUUCAGUACAUCCAUUCAUCAUCUUAAACGUCAUAAGAAACUUUCUAACAUAAUAAAAAUUCAAUAGGCUGUAAUUGUCUAUGGAUAUUUAUGCUAAAAAUAAUUAAAAUGGAAAAUUCAAGUUGAGCUCCAACCAAAGGUGUUGUCAAUAUUAGUUUAUUGUUUAGAUAAGUUUCCACCAUUUUAUGUAAACUGUGCCCUGUGUGAACAUUCCAACUUAAUUAUAAAAUUUAAAUUUAUCUACUACUUAUCUAUUUUGUACUAUUUUAAUAAGUACAAACAAUAAGAUGUAAUUAAGAAAUAAUUUAAUGGUGUUUAGUUUCAAUUGUAGUCUGAAUUGUUUUCCAUUUAUAUUUUCCCAGUAUUUCUUUAUUUUCAGAAUUGAUUUUAAUCAAUUCUUACAAAUUUCCAGCUUGGUGGAAAUAAUUCUAGGAUUACAAGAAUUAUGGCCAAUUUAAUUUACCAUUAUAUUGAAUUCAUAACUAAUUCUCUCAAGACAUAAUGAUGCUCCCUUAUCAGUUCAUCUCUGUAAUAUGUACAGAUUAACACUUAAUUUGUUGAUAAUAUAUUAUAACUUAACUUUGAUCUCAAAUGUCUGAUGCAUCACUCACUAGAAAUUCGAUAAUUUAUAUUGAAGGUACGGCACAUAUAUGUGGACCGGUUUUAAUUGUAAAUAUAUAUUAUAUGUGAAUAGAGGAAAUAUUGUAGCAUGUAUGUGUAUGUGUAAAUUCGCCAGGCAUCUACUGUUUCAUUAUGUUUUCAGAAUACUCAAAAUGUUCACUCACAUUCACUUUGGCUUAUCGUUGGGAUUAUUAUUUUUAUCCAUUACUACCAAUUCUUUUGGAUUAUUAGUGGUUUACAUACUUUAUUAUCAUUUGUAUAUUUUGUUGCUGGCUGUGAAUAAAUGAAUUGGAGCUAUCAUUGUGAAAUUUCUUACUAAAAUAAUUGGAAUAAAUGAAAUUAUACAA